AUAUCUCUCAACUUCCAUAUAGCAACACCCAUACAGCUCAAUCCCCCGUCUCCCUAUCUAGUUAACUUUCCUCUUAUAUGUGCAUGUCUUGCUCUGGACAACAAGCAGUUUCCCAAAACUGCUACUGAAACUUCUAUUGAGCAAUAAAGAUAGAUGUUGAGAGCCUUGUCCCACUCUCCCUCUCUCUUGCCCAAUCUAUUUCUCUGUCCGCAAGUGUUGGAGCUCUGAAACGCAACAAUGGACCCGGGGUUGAUACAGAUGGCAUUAGCUACGGCGGCAUCUCGUUACGUCUGCGUACGGGUCAUGGCUUCAUCAAGAUUCUGGACGAAGCGAACGAAGAAAGGUGCAAAGUAACAGAGGGUUGUGGCGGCGGUGCGGUGGCGAGGUGGGUGUUUGUCGCCGUUGCCGGAGAAUGGGUGAUGGUGUGGUAGUGUCUGUUGGGUCGAAGAGAAAGGAAGGCUAUAGAGAAUUAAAAAUCAAAUUCCAACUCCAAACAUGCAAAGUCCAGCAGAGAAAAAAGCAGGCGUCCACACCUACGUAAGUCAAUGGCCAAUCUCCUCCUUAGCCUGGUCAGUCCGCCAUGACAAACCUUCACGCCUAGCCAUUGGCAGCUUCAUUGAGGACUACAGCAACAAGGUUGAACUAGUCCAGUUCAACCGUGACACAUCCGACUUCGCCACCGAUAGCCGCCUCAUUUUCGACCACCCUUACGCACCAACCAACCUCAUGUUCUUCCCCUCUGAGGACACCGCGAAUCCUGAUCUAAUCGCCACGUCCGGUGACUACUUAAGGCUAUGGGAGAUCCAUGAUGAUAGGAUUGAGCUCAAGUCUCUGCUGAAUAGCAACAUGAGCAGUGAGUUUAAUUCGGCCAUAACGUCUUUUGACUGGGCUGAGUUUGACACUAGGCGAGUGGCUACGUCGAGUGUGGACACUACAUGCACAAUUUGGGAUAUUGAGAGGGAAGUUGUGGACACUCAGUUGGUGGCUCAUGACAAAGAAGUGUAUGACAUUUCUUGGGGUGGCUUCAAUGUGUUUGCUUCAGCUUCUGGUGAUGGCACUGUCAGGGUGUUUGAUUUGAGAAACAAAGAGAGGUCUACCAUAGUUUAUGAAAACCCUACUCAAGAAAGAUCUUUGUUGAGGCUAGAAUGGAACAAACAUGACCCAAGAUUCAUUGCCACAGUUGGAAUGGACAGCAACAAAGUGGUGAUAUUGGACAUCAGAUUUCCCACAUUACCUCUGAUGGAGCUCAAAAAACAUGGUGCCAGUGUGAAUGCCAUUUCAUGGUCUCCAGGGAAAGGACACCAAUUAUGUUCGGUGAGUGAUGAUUCAAGGGCUUUAAUUUGGGAUGUGGUGAGACCUGGAUUUCAGUCCAAUGGCGGCGGCGAUGCGGAGCCGGAGAUGUGGUAUGGAACGACAGCUCAGAUUAAUCAAGUGCGUUGGUCUGCUCUAGAAAUGAACUGGAUUGGUAUUGGCUUUUUGAACAAGUUGCAGCUCUUGAAGGUUUAAUUAGAAUAUUUAUGGAAAUAUAUUUAGGGUAUCACUUGCAAUUCCAUAUGCUAAAUGUAGAGUUCUGUAAUUAAGAGAAAAGGGAAUGGGGAUAUCUUACCCCCGAAGAUCGUAUCUAUCAAAAAUCAUCAAAAUCCAAAGUUAUAUGAUUGUUGGAUUAAAUUCAGUAUUUAUUUGUUCGUCAAAUUUCUUCACUACAAAUAAAUCUUAAUGGUAUUGAAUUUGU